AUGGAGAACGCUCACACGAAGAGUGUGGAGGAAGUUUACUGUUUUUUCUGCGUCAAUGAGAGCACAGGACUUUCUCUGGAAGAGGUGAAACGACAGCGGGAGAAAUGGGGCCUGAACGAAUUACCAGCAGAAGAAGGGAAAUCUUUAUGGGAACUUGUUCUUGAACAGUUUGAAGACCUACUUGUAAGAAUUCUUCUGUUGGCUGCCUGUAUUUCUUUUGUCCUGGCCUGGUUUGAGGAGGGCGAAGAAACUAUUACUGCCUUUGUGGAACCUUUUGUAAUUUUACUCAUUCUUAUUGCCAAUGCCAUCGUUGGCGUGUGGCAGGAACGUAACGCUGAGGAUGCUAUUGAGGCACUGAAGGAGUAUGAGCCUGAAAUGGGGAAAGUGUAUCGGCAGGACAGAAAAACAGUCCAAAGGAUCAAAGCCAGAGACAUUGUUCCUGGGGACAUUGUUGAAGUAGCUGUUGGAGACAAAGUGCCAGCUGAUAUCCGUAUAUGCUCAAUCAAAUCAACAACUUUGAGAGUGGACCAGUCUAUUCUAACUGGAGAGUCUGUUUCUGUCAUUAAACACACCGACCCAGUGCCUGACCCUCGUGCUGUUAAUCAAGACAAGAAGAACAUGCUAUUCUCUGGUACCAACAUUGCUUCCGGGAAGGCUGUGGGUGUGGUUGUGGCCACUGGUGUGAACACUGAAAUUGGUAAAAUCCGCGAUGAGAUGGCAGCGACUGAGCAGGAGAAAACCCCCCUGCAACAGAAACUGGAUGAAUUUGGCGAACAACUUUCCAAGGUCAUUUCCCUCAUCUGCAUUGCGGUGUGGAUAAUCAACAUCGGCCAUUUCAAUGACCCUGUACAUGGCGGUUCCUGGAUCCGCGGCGCCGUGUACUACUUCAAAAUUGCCGUGGCACUGGCUGUAGCAGCCAUCCCCGAAGGAUUGCCUGCCGUCAUCACCACCUGUUUGGCUCUCGGCACCCGUCGCAUGGCCAAGAAGAAUGCCAUUGUCCGCAGCUUGCCGUCCGUGGAGACUCUGGGCUGCACUUCUGUCAUUUGUUCUGACAAGACGGGGACAUUGACUACCAAUCAAAUGUCUGUCUGCCGAAUGUUCAUUAUCAACAAAGCUGAUGGUGAGAACUGCUCUCUGUCGGAGUUUACCAUCACAGGUUCGACUUAUGCACCAGACGGCGACAUAUUCCAGGAUGGUAAAAAAGUGAAACCCUCUCAGUACGACGCUCUGGUGGAACUGGCAACCAUCUGUGCCCUGUGUAAUGACUCAUCGUUGGACUUCAAUGAGGUGAAAGGAGUUUAUGAAAAGGUGGGUGAGGCGACUGAGACCGCACUGACCUGCCUAGUGGAGAAAAUGAACGUCUUUGACACAGAAGUCGACAACCUGUCCAAGAUCGACAGAGCGAAUGCCUGCAACUCUGUCAUCAAACAACUGAUGAAGAAAGAGUGCACUCUGGAGUUCUCCAGAGAUAGGAAGUCAAUGUCUGUGUACUGCACCCCCAAUAAGUCUCGUUCUUCCUUGGGGAAAAUGUUUGUCAAGGGAGCACCAGAAGGCGUAAUCGAGAGAUGCACCCAUGUCAGAGUCGGUAACAACAAAGUCCCAUUAACCAAAAGUAUCAAGGAAAAAGUCAUGUCUGUGAUUCGUGAAUAUGGCACCGGUCGUGACACUCUGAGGUGUCUGGCUCUAGCCACACGGGACAGCCCACCCAAGAUGGAGGACAUGAUACUGUCUGAACCCACCAAAUUCGCAGAGUAUGAGUCGGACCUGACCUUUGUCGGCUGCGUGGGCAUGCUGGACCCUCCCAGACAGGAGGUGGCGGCUUCCAUCAAGCUGUGCCGCCAGGCCGGCAUCCGCGUCAUCAUGAUCACCGGGGACAACAAAGGCACGGCUGUGGCGAUCUGCCGCCGAAUCGGCAUCUUCUCUGAGAACGACGACGUCGAUCAGAUGGCUUUCACCGGGCGGGAGUUUGACGAGCUGGCGCCUAACAGCCAGCGUGAGGCUGUCACACACGCCCGCUGUUUUGCACGUGUGGAGCCUUCGCACAAGUCCAAAAUUGUUGAGUUCCUGCAAGGAUUUGAUGAGAUCACAGCUAUGACAGGAGACGGCGUGAACGAUGCCCCAGCCUUAAAGAAGGCCGAGAUUGGCAUCGCUAUGGGCUCUGGCACUGCCGUGGCCAAGUCGGCCUCUGAGAUGGUCCUCGCCGAUGACAACUUCUCUUCUAUUGUGGCCGCUGUUGAAGAAGGCCGCGCUAUUUACAAUAACAUGAAGCAGUUCAUCCGAUACCUUAUAUCUUCCAAUGUAGGGGAAGUGGUCUGUAUCUUCCUUACAGCUGCACUGGGCUUCCCUGAAGCACUGAUUCCAGUUCAGUUGUUGUGGGUCAACCUGGUGACCGACGGUCUUCCCGCGACUGCACUCGGGUUCAACCCUCCUGACCUCGACAUCAUGGAGAAACCUCCCAGGAACGCUAAAGAACCGCUCAUUUCCGGAUGGCUCUUCUUCCGAUAUCUGGCGAUCGGCGGUUAUGUCGGCGCUGCUACGGUGGGAGCUGCGGCUUGGUGGUUCACGCUCUCGGAAGAUGGACCUCAGAUUACCUUGUACCAACUGAGUCACUUCCUCCAGUGCAGCGACGACAACCCGGACUUCGAUGGCUUGGACUGCGAGGUGUUUGAAUCCCCGUACCCCAUGACAAUGGCCCUGUCAGUGCUUGUCACCAUUGAGAUGUGUAACGCUCUGAAUAGUCUGUCAGAGAACCAGUCCCUGCUUCGAAUGCCUCCUUGGGAAAACAUUUGGCUGCUGGGAGCCAUCUGCCUCUCCAUGUCCCUGCACUUCCUAAUCCUCUACGUGGAGCCUCUACCAGUCAUCUUCCAGAUCACCCCCCUUGACGCCACCCAGUGGUUGAUGGUGCUGAAGAUCUCCAUGCCUGUCAUCCUGUUGGACGAGCUGCUGAAGUUUACGGCCAGGCACCACCUGGACUUGGGUAAACGACCGGAGAAGCCGGCGACGGGCCACAAAGGGCGCUCCUUGUCCGCAUGCGCCGAGGGCAUCUCGUGGCCCUUUGUGGCCGUCUGCCUGCCUCUGGUGCUGUGGAUCUACAGCGCCGACACUAACGUGGCUGCCGUGUUGUGGCCCUGA